GCGUUGCCUCAAGUUUUACAGAAAAUUACACUAUGUUCUGCAGUACUUGACAGGUCACACGCUUGAUCUAGAGCUAUGAGAAAGGGUAUGAGUGAAUGUACAUUAGGGGGUUGUGUGACGGCCUUUUCAAUCACCGAAUACAUUUUGAUAGAUUGUUUCUUAAAAUAAUUAGUAACAUUCGUCUCAGCUCAGCACGCACCAUCCCGUUGGCGAGUGAGGUUUUCUGUCUCAAUCUACACAUCCAUCAAAUGGUGGAGGUUCCCUCACAUGAGGUUGCGAAGGGAAGUUGAUAGCAAUGCAAAAAAUUCAUCAAACUUCGCGGGAGGAAGGCAUCCAGGGGGGAUCCGAAUGCAUCGGAGGCCUACACAGAAGGCUAGCAUGUGACAUCUCUCUUUUAUCGGAAUUACAAUUCUUUAGCAAAUCGAAUCUACCUUAGUCUUCCUAAGUUCUACGUUAACUUCCUUUUCCUAUCAAAUCGUAUCUGCAUGGCGUAGCUUUAUAGUAUUUGAUUCACAUUUUUUCCCUUCUUCUCUGUCUCACAAAGAUCUAUUUUUUCAUUUUAACUAUAAAUUAUCUCUAUACAUAGAUCUUAAAUCUCAUCACUCAAUUUUAUUUUUGGUUGCUUGUCUAUUUUCCGAUUGGCCCAUCCUGGAAGCAGGAGAAGGUAAAUAAUACGUUACCCACUUAUUUUUUUCUAGCUCCUAAUUCUGAAUUUCAUCUUUACAAGGAGCAGGAAAGGUAAUGUAAAUUUGUAUUUAUGUCCCUCGAUGGUGUUUGUUAUUAACCAAUUUCCAUGUUACAAUUUCCAAUAAAGCCAUAAGGAUGUACAAAAGUAUGCACAUCCUUUCGAAUUUAAACCACAAUUCUAAGCCUUAUUAUCUCUUUGUGUUGUUGGUGCUCUUUCAA